AGGAGUGGCCGGUCCUGCUCCCUCUUUAUUGCCCCCGGAGCGGGUCUCGGGUCCGGGCCUUCUCCGCCGGCCGGGUCCCCCCCUCUCUCCCUCCUCGGUGUCCCCCCCCUCUUCCCACAAGCCGGGGCGCCCCCGCCCGGGCCGCGGUGGGGCCAUGGCGAGCUGGCGGGCGGUGACCUUGCCCCGACCUCGGGCCUGGAGGCCGCUGCUGCCGCUGCUGCUGCUGCUCUCGGUGCCGCCGCCGCCGGCCACCUGGUCCGGCGGGGUGCGGGCCGAGGAAGGGCUGGACUUCCCGCAGUACGACGGUGUGGACCGCGUGCUCAGCAUCAACUCCAAGAACUACAAGGCCGUCCUCAAGAAGUACGAGGUCCUCGCCCUGCUGCUCCACGAGCCCGUCGGCGACGACAAGGCCUCGCAGCGUCAGUUCGAGAUGGAGGAGCUGAUCCUGGAGUUGGCAGCUCAAGUCCUAGAAGACAAAGGUGUGGGUUUUGGCCUGGUGGAUUCUGAGAAGGACGCGGCCGUGGCCAAGAAACUGGGCCUGACGGAGGAGGACAGCAUCUACGUGUUCAAGGGGGACGAAGUCAUCGAGUACGACGGCGAAUUCUCCGCGGAUACGCUGGUGGAGUUCGUGCUGGAUGUGCUGGAGGACCCAGUGGAGCUGAUCGAGGGGGAGCGGGAGCUCCAGGCCUUUGAGAACAUCGAGGACGAGAUCAAACUCAUCGGCUACUUCAAGAACGAGGACUCUGAACACUACAAGGCAUUUGAAGAGGCAGCGGAAGAGUUCCAUCCAUUCAUCCCCUUCUUCGCCACCUUCGACAGCAAGGUGGCCAAGAAGCUGACCCUGAAGCUGAACGAGAUAGACUUCUACGAGGCCUUCAUGGACGAGCCCGUCACCAUUCCCGACAAGCCCAACAGCGAGGAGGAGAUUGUCAGCUUCGUGGAGGAGCAUAAGAGAUCAACCCUGAGGAAACUAAAGCCGGAGACAAUGUAUGAGACCUGGGAGGACGACAUGGACGGAAUUCACAUCGUGGCCUUUGCAGAAGAGGCGGAUCCAGACGGCUACGAGUUUCUGGAGAUCCUGAAGUCCGUGGCCCGGGACAACACGGACAACCCCGACCUCAGCAUCGUCUGGGUGGACCCCGAUGACUUCCCCCUGCUGGUCCCCUACUGGGAGAAGACGUUCGACAUCGACCUGUCCCACCCGCAGAUUGGAGUCGUCAACGUCACCGAUGCCGACAGCGUGUGGCUGGAGAUGGACGACGAGGAGGACCUGCCGUCGGCCGACGAGCUGGAGGACUGGAUCGAGGACGUCCUCGACGGCGACAUCAACACCGAGGACGACGACGACGACGAUGACGACGACGACGACGACUAGUUGCCCGGGCAACAGCCUCCUGGCCCCUCCCCCGAACUGGGGCGACCCCCCGCCCCCUUCCCCCCCAUCCGGACUCUGGGCGUCAGGC